AUGUCUACUCCAACUACACCAGUCGAUCAAUUUCAAACAACUGAUGAUGUUGAUUCCAUUCCUCAUAUGAAGAUCCAAUCAAACAACGUUUGGUUUAAUCCAAACUUGGUGGUUUAUCCUGAAGAACUCAAGAUGAUGGGUCAACGCUUGAACGAUUUUCUUUGUUUGCACGCUUUAUCAUCUUCCGUUUGUAAUUCUGAUGCAAUGAUGGAGUCUAAAGGAACAAAGAAGUUGUUAAAGAAGCAAUUUAUUCAGAUUCUCCACUUACCGGCUGCUGGUCCGUUUGAAGAACCAACUCCUAAACAGGAACCUAUUCAACUAUCAACAUUUGAAAGCGAAGGGAAUGUAGGUGAUAAUGAUAAAAUAAUGCAUGACAAUACUUCUGUUUCACCACGAAGGGAUGUCUCUGUCAAGUUAAAUAUCGAGGAGACAAGAAACUCGGAUGUCACUGUGAACACAUCAAAUGUGGAUACAAACAUCAAAAAUAGUGAAACACCUUCGACUUCUAUUCAUGAUUCAAAUACUCUCAUUCCACCUAAAGGUCCUACUUCUAAAUCCCAUCCAUAG